GUUUGCCAUGCACCAAACCAAGUUUCCAAGUAAUCUCUCAAGUCUCAACCAUGGCUAAAACACAAACUCCAUUUCCUGCUCUCAUGAUUUGCCUAUUCUUUGUGUUGCUACUCAACAACGUAAAGUCAGAUUCAAUUUCAUUCAGCUUCUCCAAUUUCGAGCCGGGACAAAACUUCGACAUCGGUUUCCUCGGCGAUGCGCGUCCAGUAGACGGCGCAAUACAACUAACAAGAAGAGACAAUAAUGGACCUUAUGGUACUCCCAACAUUCGCCAACACAGCGUUGGUCGUGCAGUAUAUAUUCCACCAGUGCGCCUUUGGGACAAAACCACAGGCAAACUUGCAGACUUCGAAACAGACUUCUCCUUCGUCGUAGAUUUCGCUGCUUCCCAAAUCCACGCUGAUGGCUUGUCCUUUUUCAUCAUACCUUUCGAUGCUGACCCCAGAAUCCCCAAGAAUUCAUCUGGGGGAUACCUUGGACUAUUCAGCCCCGAAACUGCUUUCAAUGCUUACAAAAACCAAAUCGUGGCUGUUGAGUUUGACAGCUUCGGAAAUGAAUGGGAUCCCAAGCCUGUCCCCGUUGCUCCUCAUAUUGGAAUUGACGUCAACUCUCUUGAAUCGGUGGAAACUAUCGAUUGGCCUAUUAAUUCACUUCCUCUAGGUUCGGUUGGGAAAGCUAGCAUUAGCUAUGAUUCUAAUGCUAAACAAUUGAGUGUCACGGUUGGCUAUGAUAGUAAUCACCCACCUAUUUUUGUUGGGUUGAAACAAAUCAUUGAUUUGAGGGGUGUUCUUCCGGAAUGGGUUAGAAUUGGUUUCUCUGGUGCCACUGGUGAAAAGGUUGAAACGCACGAUAUUCUGUCUUGGUCUUUCACUUCACGCAUCUAGAUAAAGAUAUGUUUCUGUAAGGAGAAUAAUAGAGUGAUCUUAGGGUCCUCAAGUUGUCAUCUAUACAAUCGUCCAAUCUUAGUGUUUUGUGGAUUUUGUACUAGUCUUUGUGUUUCCCUCAUAAGGCAAAGCUUGAUGCUGUUGAAUUAAUCAUUAUGGUUUUUCAUGCUUGUUUAAAUUUUGGUGAAUGUUUCGUGAACUCUUCUUACAGAUCACUAUAAUAGUACAUUUAGUCCA